AUGUUAAAAGUUACAGCUGGAAGAAUUAUUGGAAUUGGAGUAGCAACAUGUGUCCUUACUUCUGGUUCAUUGUACUUACGAAUUCGACUAGAAGAAAAAAUUGGGAACCAGAAGUUAUGUCAAGACUGCAUUAAAAAGAUGACGCAAUAUGAGCAAGCAGCUGUAUGUUUAGGUGAACCUAUAGAAUGGCAUAGACCAAGUUUAGCAAAUACCUAUAAUUACAUAUCUACUUCAAAAGCAACAAUUGCCAUACCAGUCUCAGGCUCGCAAAGUUCAGGGGAAUUGCUGAUAGAAGCUUCUAAAGAAGAAUCGGAACAAAAAUGGACUAUAAAUUCAUUAAAACUGAAAGUACCAAAUCAAGAAAUAACAAUUCAAUGA